AUGGACACGGAUCUACGGCCUCUGGUCGACAAUCUUGCGAGCAACAUCGACAAUGUCGAGGAAUCUCUUGCGCCCCUGAUCAACACUGCCUUGUCUGCCAGCACAAGCAAACUUCCUCUGCUCGACAAGGCCAAACUCUACACUCUCGUCACAUACGCCAUCGAAUCUUUGCUAUUCUCAUAUCUGCGCCUCAAUGGCCUCGACGCAAAGACACACCCUGUCUUCGCCGAACUCAACCGCGUCAAGCAAUACUUUGAAAAAAUCAAACUCGCCGAGACUUCGCAUGUCAAGCGCAAUGCCACUCUUGACAAGGCUGCUGCAGGUCGUUUCAUCAAACACGGUCUAGCUGGAAAUGACGAGUACGACAGAAAACGCGCAGAACAACAGGAGAAGGAAAAGAAUGGCGCCAAGAGGAAGUUUGAAGACAUGACCGAGAGAGUCGGUAGCCACUCGCGCUUUGAAGCCAUGAGCAGGAAGAUGAACGACGACGAAGCAGAGGGUAGUGCCAAGGAUGUCGACAACAGCGAAUCUGAUUCCAAGAAGAAGGCCACCUCAUCCAAACCAGUUGCACCCAAGAAACAGAAAUCCGACAAGGCUCCUCGUGGACACAAGGCAGCCUUCCAAGCCUUGCUGCAAGGCCCCAUCUCGACCGACGAGGAACCAAAGAAAAAGAAGAAGAGAAAGAGCAAGGGCGGCAAGGACACCUAA